AUGAAACGAACUGAAUUGGACCUAACAUCUAAGGUCACCAUUCAUGUCAAUAGUUCUGAAGCAGCUAAGGGGGGAGACAACAUGGACCCUGGCACUAAAAUUGCUCUCAUAUCAACAUCUGCUGAAAGUGUAACUCAUGUUGCACCAUCUGAAGAGAAGUCAUCAGAAAAGGCUGCUCCAUCGCCGCUACCUCUUGCUGAAGAGAAAAAGAAGAAGCCUAAGCCGAACAUGGAAACCACUUCUGUCAUAGAAGAGCCUGAAGAAACUUCUUCACCUCCUAAACCCUCUGCAACAAACCCCAUCUGCCCCCAAAAGACAAGGAAAGAAAACUUUGCAUUUAAACCUUUAGCCUUCUUUUUCUCUCUAAGACACCCGUUUCUUGAUCACCUAUCAUCAUAUUUUUGUGAAGAAAGAGAGAGAAUUGUAGGGAUCGGUUUAAGCUGUUUAGGAGGUUGA